ACAGAAGUGUGCAUCCGCUGCGCUGCACGAAGAAGAAGAAACUUCUAGGAAAGAUGCACGAAGAGGAGGAUGGCAGCGAGGCGCAUUCCCCUGCAGCUCCCCGGGUUGUGGCCCACAAGUCUGUGGAUGUGGCCGAGGCCGAGGGAGCGAAGGACCAGGCGUCCAAAUUAUGCGGCUACUUGAACAAACUCGCUGGCAAGGGGCCGCUGAGGGGGUACAAGCCGAGGUGGUUCGUGUACGAUCCGAGGAAAUGUUACUUGUAUUACUUCAAGACUCCCCAAGAUGCCUUGCCGCUCGGGUACAUCGAGAUAGGCGAUGCAUGCUUCAGCUAUGAUGUGGAGGGGGAAGAGGGCCAGUUUGAGAUCCACGCGUCCGGGAAGGAGUUCCUGCUGAAGGCCCCCAAUAAGCAGGUAAUGCAUUACUGGCUGCAACAGUUACAGCAGAAGCGAUGGGAGUUCAGCAACACGCGAGGCUCUGGCCAGAGAGACAGCUGGAGUUCCCCUACCCUCCUCUACCCUCACACUGGCCUGGUAGCCAAAGACAAUGAUGCCUUCCUCUUUGAAAAGCCCAGUGAGAGCAUGGAAAAGGUCCGCAGUGACUUUGCCAUGGAGAUGGAAACAGAUGGUGGAGGAAUGGUGGGGAUGCAGGCUGCCAGAGGGCCCUCUGUGUCCUCCACCAACUCCCUCAAUUUCUCCUUCAAAAACUUGAGUACAGAGCUCAGGAACUCCAUGUCUCAUCUGCGGCCAGGGCGUGGAGGGGAGAACAGACGCAGUGUGUUUUACACCAGCAACAGUGCAGAGGAGUGGGAGCUGGUCGAUGCUCCACCUAAGGACAUCCCUGAACAGAAACCUCAUUCAGACACACACAGAAAUUCCAUUGGAUCGGCGUUUACCUUCGACUUUGUACGUAGUUCAUCACGGCCCAAGAGGCCGUUCCUUCGAGACAUGAUGGGCUCUGGGAAAUUCGGGCGCAGUGCUGAGAACCGCAGUACUGAGAGCUCCCCAGUGGAGUGUAACGGCAGCAAACCUGUGGAGAUGCAGCUUCGCCUUCAGAGCCAGCAGGAGGAACUGAGCCGCCUGCACCAGGAACAGGCCAAACUCCAAGAGGAGCUCGCCAGUCAGAAGGAGCUGGUGAGGCUACUGCAGCAGACUCUUAGGACCGCUCAGUGUGAUCGCAUCCCAGUGCGCCGCCCAGCUCCUCCCUCAGAAGGCUCCCCAGCCCCAGACCAGAGCCAAGCCCCAGUGGUUUCCCAGGAUGAGAUCCCCCGGCUGGAGGUACUGCUUCAGGAGAAGGAUGGACAGAUCCAAGCCCUUUGUGGCCACAUGGAGCGUCUCGCCUUGGAGAAGGAGAGCCUGCAACAGGAGCUGAAGGGCCUGAAAAUCAAAGUGGGGGAGAUUAAUGAUCAGCUGGGAAUGCUGAUGGAGACCAUCCAGGCUAAGGAUGAAGUCAUCAUCAAACUGUCCCAACAGAGUUCAGACAGUGGUCAUCCAAACGACAGCAAUUCACCACCUGCCAACAAAGAUCAACAGGAGCUCAAUAUGCUCAAGGACAGUCUUCAAGGCUACAAAUCCCAGAACAAGUUCCUGAACAAAGAGAUUCUGGAGCUGACAGUAUUACGCAGAAAUGCAGAGAGCAGAGAAAAGGCUUUAGAAGCGAAGUAUACUGCCCUGGAGGCCAAGAUGUGUCAGGUGGAGAGUAAGUAUCUGGUGCUGCUUCAAGAGGUGAAGACCCCAGUGUGUUCCUCUUCAGAGCAGAACCCAGCCCGUGAAGUCAUUUCCAGGUUAUUAGAGGAUGCACUGCAGGCGGAGACCCCCGACCAGCAUGAACACACCAUCUUCAAACCACACACUGUCAGUGAGUACGACGUCUUUGGCUUCAAGACGGUUCCUGAGGAGGAGGAAGAGGAGGAGAAGCUGGUUGCAAAGGUGAGAGCUCUCGAGCUGAAGUCCUUGUCCAUGACUGAUCAGGAGGUGUCUGUCGGGGUGAAGUGGGAGAACUACCUGGCCAGCACCAUGAACAGGGACCUGGUGCGCUCCCCGGAACUCAAGGCCCUGAUGCGCAGCGGCGUGCCACAUGUACACCGGUCCAAGGUGUGGCACUGGUGCGUCACCUUCCAUGUCAGGAAGUUCAGGGACCAGUUGGAGCCCGACUAUUACGAGACCCUACUAACUGUGGCCCGGGACAAGCCCAACCCGGCCUCCAAGCAGAUUGAGCUGGACUUGCUGCGUACUUUGCCCAACAACAAGCACUAUGCCUCCCCAAGUGCAGAGGGCAUCCAGAAACUCAGGAAUGUACUAAUGGCUUUCUCCUGGAGGAACCCAGAUAUUGGAUACUGCCAAGGACUGAACAGACUGGCAGCCAUUGCCUUGCUCUAUCUGGAUCAAGAAGAUGCCUUCUGGUGCCUCAUAGCCAUUGUGGAGGUCUUCAUGCCAAGAGACUAUUACACCAAGACUCUGCUCGGCUCACAGGUUGACCAGCGUGUGUUCAAGGACCUGAUGAGUGAGAAGCUGCCCCGGCUUCAUGCCCACUUUGAGCAGUACAAGGUAGACUUCUCCCUCAUCACCUUCAACUGGUUCCUGGUGGUGUUUGUGGACAGCGUGGUUAGUGACAUCCUCUUCAAGAUCUGGGAUGCCUUUCUGUAUGAGGGACCAAAGAUCAUAUUUCGCUUCGCUCUUGCUCUCUUCAAGUACAAAGAGGAGGAGUUUUUGAAAUUGCAGGAUUCCACUGCCAUCUUCAAAUAUCUUCGAUACUUCACACGCACAAUCCUGGAUUCAAGGAAGCUGAUGAACAUCGCCUUUGUGGACAUGAACCCAUUCCCCCUGAGGCAAAUCCAGAACCGCCGUUCCUUCCACCUCGAGAAGGUCCGCCUCGAGCUGACGGAGCUGGAGGCCAUCAGACAGACCUUCCUCAGGGAGAGAGAGACAAGUCAGGAUGGGCGGAGCUUCGUCAGCGAUGACGAGGAAGAUAAUUAACGUGAUCUUGUCAGAUCUCCAGGUUGUGUAGAAACAAAGAGAUCAUAUCCGUCGACCGGUGAUGUGUGGCAAUUGCUUGUGAGCAUUUUCCACACACUAUUGGAUUUGGUCUCCGCAUCAGAGCUGGAACAAUCUACUUUACACUUUUUUUAAUAGCAGUAUGGCUUUGAAGGACCAAAAUAUUACAAGCCAGAUAGGCUUUUUAUCAGUAUUCCUGCCAUGUUUUGUCAAUACCAUCGUUGCUACAUGUUUCUGUGUUUAUGAAAGAAUGCGGAAACUUAGCAUGUCCUGUGGCUGUUCAACCCUCAAUGCCAAGCUAAACCUUUCCAUUCCCUGCCGGUAUUUUUGAAAACAUGACUGUGAUUUUUGUAGUAGGCGAUUUUAUGCCUGUUGAAGGAAUGAUUGUAUUUUUUACACUUGUCCUCAGAAAUUUUCCUUUUGCUUUCUCUGCAUUACAGCUCCUUUAACCGCGUUGAUGUCUUAUAACUGUUCACUGAAAUCACUUGGGAGGUUCCCCCCUCCGCAGUUGCAUUCAGUAUCCUGUCUUUUAUGUUUGAUCCCUGUGUCUGUUGAUGCACUUGAAUCACUUUUGCUGUAAGUAUUUUGAAAUUUUUUGACCGAUAGCUCACACAUUUUUGAGGUCAUUCCAGACUCCAGGUGUGCUCAUUGGUCAGGAGAACUAAUGCAAAGGUAUCUCGCCAUGAUGUGGCUGUUGGCAUAUUUCAAGACUGUGCUUGUAUUUCUUCUCUCAGGAUGCAGGUGACCCAGUUGCCUGACUAUAUCACUCUUGUAUUCUUGUGUACCUUUCUGAAAUCCAUGUAUUAAGAUGGAUAUUUAAGCUGUCCUUAAAUUUCGCUCCUGCCACAGCUCUUCAAUGUAAUGCAAGGCUCCAUUUUAAUCAAAUUAUAUUACCUUUGCAGAAUUUAGGGAGGGUGUUGUUCAGCGUUUAAAGGAUUUCAGGAUCAGUUUCCCCUGAUUAAAACCUACUUACAGUUUUAUCUUGCAUUAUGUACACAGGAGCUGCACACUAAUGCUGGACAUUUAUUUCUGAGCCCUGUUUGAAAGUACUGAUGUAACUGCACUUGCUCUCCUCAAGGUGGCAGUAUAACAUUUUUCAACUCAUCAAGAUGUUUACACUUGUUGUUGCAGGUACCUUCCACACAGUGUAUGUAUUGGCUUCAAAGUUGAUUAUGUUCUGAGUUUCAUAUGAAAUGGCAAAUAAUCUGAUGAUAAAACUUGACCGGUCAACAUGACCAUUCUCUUGAAACUGAAAACAUAAUUUGUAGUCGAUGAGGGAAUUCCCAGGCACGGGUGUCACCAUCUUUCUGUUUUCAGUGGAUACACACCGGCCAUCCAGGACUUGCGGAGUACGGCUACUGUAACUGGUCAGCAUUGCUACCAGGCUCAAUUCACACCUGUUACCAACCAACAUAUUUAACAUCACAGCUGGCUUAGAGGACUCAUAAAACAGUCUUAUAUUGUAUUGUUUGAGUGGGAUUCUGAGUGGGAGGACAGUGUGUACCCACUUGUCCCCGCCACUUGGCCCCAAGUCUCCCUGUGCGCCCACAUAUUGUUUACAGCAUGUUAUAAACUGUAAUUUCCUUUUUAAUUAACUUUUU